AUGGGUGGUAAUAAGUCCUCUUCUAAUCUAUGCCUCCUCACACUAGCACUCAUACCCCACUCCAUGAGCCCAACAAAGGCCAGGAAAAGCCCGUUGCUGCGAACUUCAUGCAGCCCGAUCCCGAUCAACUUCCCAUUCGGUAAAGCCGACGGCUUUAGAGCCUGCAGCCCCUACUACCAACACCAAGUUUGCAAUAUGAGCUACUCGGACCCCCACCUCAUGGCCACGGACCCAUACAUAUGGGCCUGCUGGGGCAGCCCGAAUUUCCGUUCCUUUGGGAUGGACCCCCAAUUUUCGAGACCCAACACUUUCGGGACUUUUCUGGCCUGA